UUCUCAUAUUUGUUUCUGUUUGCAUCAUAAAAACUCUAAACUCAUAAAAAUCGGUUCUCUUUGUUUUCAGGUUGAAACCUUGGUUCCACCAUUCAACCAAUUCGUGGGUUAUCCCCCCUGUGCCUACAACAUUUUGGUAUCAGAGCUCAAGCUCCUGACUAAGGUGAUAUCUAUCCUUGCAUCAUAUUUCAUUUGCUUGCAUUUGUUUUGUUUUUAUGUAAAACCGAAAACCCAUAAAAACAGUCUUUUGCUUCAAGUUUUUGUUUCUGCAUAUUUUGUUCUUGUUGUUCUUAUAAACCACGAAAAAGAAAAAGAAAUAUGUGUUUGAUUCAUAUUACUUGCACUUAGUUUCGAAAUUCUUGUUAGUUUCCUUUUUGUUUUGUUUCCAUAAUCAAAAAUCCCAUAAAAAUUGUCAUUUUGAAUUUGUUUCCUCUGUUUGCAUAUCCUUAAAAAAAAAAAAUCAUACUAGUUAUUGUUUCAUGCCAUAUUAGUUGGUCCAUUUCGUGAUUCCAUCAGAAAACCAAAAGAAAAAAAAAUAUUUAUUGCAUAAUUACUUCAUUUCGGUUUAUACUUGCAUUUUUUCGGUUUAGUUUAAAUUAGUUUUCCAUUGUUCAUUGCUCUUAUGCUUGACCAAAACUUCCCAUAAUUCAAUUGAUCUUUGAGAUUGAUUUCAGGGAGCAAUGGUAGGAGAAGCACACGGCCAAACCCUAGAGGCCACACUGAGCCAACAACUAAUGGCUAUACAAGAGCUCAAUGAUAAGAUUGCUCAGUUGGGAAAAAGGAAUAAGCCACAAGGCCGACGACCACAACAUGGAGAAAGAAGAUUUGGAGAUGCACCAGAGGCUGGCUAUGUUGAGCCUAAGCCACCAGAUCUUUCAUGGAUCACCUCACACCAUACUUCUUCAACUUAUAAAUACUUAACUCAUUCUUAUCUUUAUUUUAAAUCAGUUAAUGAAGUUAAGAUUUAUUCCUUUUCAGGUAGUAGUUGGCCAGAUGAUUAUUUAUCAUGGGAAAGAACCAUGGAUGAUUGGUUUUCAUACCAAGGCGUGCCAAAGAAGGAGAGGCUAGCUCAUGCCAUCAAGCAACUUUCCAGAAAAGCUUACUCAUGGUGGAAAAGAGUAGAUAAGACACAUGGUAAAAGUCCAGAAGAGGUUGUCACCAACUGGAAGGAUCUUAAAGAUGUUAUGAUCAGGAAGUAUGUGACUACACUUCCCACACAAGAAACCAGAAGAAAAUACCCAAGGAGAUUUUCAAAUGGUGUGUCCAAAGAGGCAAAGAAAGUUGUGCCACAACAAGGCCAUAGAAGCUUGAUCUAUCAAGACCAGAUUCGGCCAAGCCAGAUUCCCACGGUUUUGUAUGAUAAAUACCAACCUUAUGAGGUCCCAAAGUCCAUGGAGAAGAACCUUUUCAGCCCAGACACAUUGGCUAGAUACAAAGAAAAAUCAGACAAACCAAUUCUUCAAGGAAAGGCCAAGGUAAGUCCUAUACUUGAUAAAUUUGUUUAUAAAUCAUCUCCCACUGGUAUGAGUCACUUGUCUUUGUCCAAGAAUGUUAAGACAGGUCCUGAGGUCCAGAAAGACACGAACUCAACAUCCUUGUUGGAAUCAAAAGCUGUCCAUGACUUAAGGAAUAAAGAGAUGCCAAGCCCAAAGAAAGAAGAGACAACAAGCCAAUGUAAGUCUUCUAACUCUGAAAAUUUAAAAGAUCAGACAUGUUAUAGAUGUCAUAAAAGAGGACACUUUGCUGUAGUUUGUCCAAGUAAACAAGUAUUGACUGAGACAUCACUAGAAAAGAAAACAGAUUUAUCUAUAAAGAGUGAUAGUUUUAUUCAAUCUAAUUUAUUAGCUCAAAAUUCUUGUAUGAUGCACUUGUCUUUGUCAAAGGGUGAUGUAACAGGAACUAAGGAGCAUGAAUUCAAAGGAGAGGAGCCACCAGGCGCCACACCUGUGAUGGACCAGAAGAUGGUUCAAGACACAAUGCAGUCAAUGUUGCUUAAAGAAGCAAAACCAGUAAAUGAAGUAUCAUACCAAGGUAAGUGUCUAACACCACCUAGAGAUACUAGUACUGACGUGUGUGUUCUUGAUGUAGGGAGUAAAAAUGAAAGCUAUCUGCUUACUGAAGUUCCACAGAAGGAACCAGACCAUAAGCUCAGUCAUGAACCACCUCAAAAGUGGAAACCAAAAUCUAAACAAUGGAUUGUUCAAAUUCCAAAACCUAUGGUAAGAUUCAUUUUAGAUCAGCAUGUUUUUAAUAUUUCCAUGAUAGAUAUAAUGCAAUUGCUUUUUGUCCAGAGUGUUGAGACUAUUUCAGGUUGCCAAGAAGAAAGCUUUAAAGAUAUCCCACCGGAUAAUCUUAUGUUGCUAGGAGAAUCAACUCCAAGGAAGAACAGAAAUGUGGCCACCAAAACUUUGAAGGACCAUCAAUUCCAGAAGAGAUGUAAUGGCCAUAACCUUAGCAGAGGCGUGAUCCUUUCAAAUCUUUUCAAAGAAGAGCCACCAGAUGCACCAUGCAUCACCAAACCGAAAUUAUACCAAGGUAAGGUUCUAAACUCUCAAAAGAGAAUGAAACCUGACUUGCUCUAUCGUGAUGCAGGUUAUAUAGUUUCGAGGUCGAAACAUUGUCAAGAGGGAGGGGAUGAUGUGGUCAUCAGAUCAGCAACUGAACCGGAGGUCAACCCAAAUCCCUACUCAACCAGCCAAGGCGCAAACCAGGACAUACGUGCACUAAAUAUGCCAUAUCUUACAAACCAGGAGGGUUUAAAUCACGAGGAUAAUUUUUAUGGAUUCUACACUCAAGAACGAGUCCAGGCAAAUUGGAAUUGGGCCAAAAUAUUCACGGCGCAAGAAGUUAUGAAUUUUACAACUCAGAGGUUUCUCAGCCCGUCCAUCUGCGAGUAUCCGACUUUAGAAGGAGAUUUAAGCUCAAGUAAGGAACCGACUGAAGCAAAGCCCGUCAUCACAUUCAAGAGCAUUCUUUCAGAUUUCCAGAAAGCCAAAGAUCAGGAGAAAUGGACACGGAAAUCAGAAGAUAUGUUCAAUUUGCAAGAACCGGUCAAACCAAUGCUACACUCGCCUCAAUUGGAAGCUAACCGGUUCAAUCAGCUUCAAACCAGAAAUUGGCGACCAGGAGAUCAUUUCAACCAAUCAGGAGGUAUUCCAGAAGUCCUUAGCUGCACCAGAACCCAGGAGAUCAGUCGGUUCAAUGGAGAAUCACUUUAAUCAAACCGGAGCUAUUUAUGGAAAAAUUGGACAAUCUUUCGAUUUGAUCCAUUCCAAGCAACUCCAAUCCAACCAGGAGAACCAGACGACAUCCAGGAGACAUUAUACACGAGCCAGAAGAGUUCUAC